AAAUUCAAUUACUUUAAGUAGAAAAUUAGAUUACAGAACAGUUAAAGGAAUAAAAGCCAAAUUAUUAACUUCAUUUAAUAGUGCAUUAGAAGAAGUAAUUAGUAAAGUAUUAGCAAGUCAGCAUGAAAUUUGUGAUAAUGAUAAAUUUCGAAGACUUAUUAUAAGAGAUGAUAAAAAAUUUAAAGAUAAUAUUAG